CUGAAACUAAAAAAGCCAUAAAAAAUAUAUUAUAAAAACGAUCAAAAAUAAGUAAUUUCUAUGUUUAACUACUUUGUUGACUGACUUAUUUGAAAUAAGUAAAAUUAUGUACACACAAAAAAAAGAUGGAAUUAUAUAGUGCAAUAUGAAAAAAUAGAAAAAAAAAUAGUUGCAAUAUUUUGUGGGUGCUUCGGUUUUAGACAACUUCCGCUGCAAGUUAAGAUUUUUUGUUGUUUUAUAAUACGCUUAAUACCUUGCGUUAAAAACAGUCAGACGUCUGGCUAUUAUUCUAUAGAAACACAUAUGCAUAUGAACAUAUGUAUAUUUUAUAAGCAUAUAUAUUUCAGUGAUAUGUAAAAAUGAAUUUUUAACUAUUUAUGAAAAAGGUAAACGAAAUGGACAUAAACUGCAUUUAUUGCUUAUAAAUACAAACCCGUUUUAUUUUAUCAUUUUAUAAAAAAUAAUUGUUAGAAGAAAUAAAAUGACGGAUAACAUGAGCGUGUUAAAUAUUAAACAGGAAAUACAGGACACAUCAGCAGCAACUGCUAAUUGUAGUGUUUCUUUAAAUGUUUGUUUUAGUCCUUCAACGACAACUAGUACGAUUACUAGCACAGAACUAAGCACAGAAAAUCCCAGUAAUCGUCUUUCGGCUGCCAGAGCAGGUGUUGGUAUAAAGUCAUCGCCUUCUGCAUCACCAGAAAGACAAAUGUGUAGUUCUACAACUAAUACCACUGUAAAUAAUAAUAAUACGGAUUAUCUUAAUGCAGAAGAAGGAAGCACCUUAUCUUCUAUUAGCGGCAAUGGCGGUGUUAGUCAAACCAACAAUAAUAGCUCAUCCAUAAGGGAUGAGUUAAGACGUUUGUGUUUGGUGUGUGGUGAUGUGGCCUCCGGUUUUCAUUACGGCGUAGCCAGUUGUGAAGCUUGUAAAGCAUUUUUUAAGCGCACAAUACAAGGCAAUAUCGAAUACACUUGUCCAGCCAAUAAUGAAUGUGAGAUCAAUAAAAGACGUCGCAAAGCUUGCCAGGCGUGUCGAUUUCAAAAGUGUCUAUUAAUGGGCAUGCUGAAGGAAGGGGUACGGUUGGAUCGAGUACGUGGUGGCCGUCAAAAGUACCGGCGUAAUCCUGUUUCGAAUUCAUAUCAAACCAUGCAAAUGCUAUAUCAGUCGAGUAUAACAUUGAAUGAUAUUAAGAUACUCGAGGUGCUUAGUAAUUACGAGCCAGAUAUGUUAAGUUUACAAUACCAGAGGCAGCGGCAGCAACAACAACAAACAAGGCUAAAUAAUAAUAACAUUUCAACACCGUCUCCCAAAAACAAUGAAGAAGUAGAAGAAAUCCUUCUUAAUUCUACUUGCAAUUCACCAAACAUUAAACAAGAACAAUGCAAUUAUAAUUCCAUGAAUUGUAGUAACAGUUCUGGAACUACAACCGAAGUAAUCGAUGCCACACCACCGUCUACACCUACCUCUUCUACAAUAAUGGGUGGUAGUGGUAGUUCCAAUACCUCUUCAAAUAAUUACUUAUUUAAAAGUAACAAUAAUAAUAUUGAGUCUUAUGAUAUACUUUAUGCACUUAGCGAUUUAUAUGAUAAAGAAUUGGUAUUUAUUAUAGGUUGGGCCAAACAGUUGCCCGGCUUUACAGAUCUACCUCUAAAUGAUCAAAUGAAAUUAUUACAAAUUUCAUGGGCGGAAAUUUUAACUCUGCAAUUACUUUACCGUUCCUUGCCUUUCAAUGGUAAAUUGUACUUUGCUACGGAUGUUUGGAUGGAUGAACAACUAGCCAAAGAAUGUGGUUACACGGAAUUCUAUUAUCAUUGCGUAUUGGUGGCACAGCGCUUGGAGCGCAUUGCACCUCGACGUGAAGAGUACUUUUUACUAAAGGCCUUAAUAUUGGCCAAUUGUGAUAUAUUGUUGGACGAUCAAAGUGCUUUACGUAGAUUUCGUGAUUCCAUACUAAAUUCUUUGAAUGAUGUAGUCUGUUUAUUGCAUCAUAGUUCAGCGGUAACGCACCAGCAACAGCUGUUAUUGCUUUUGCCCUCAUUACGUCAAGCUGAUGUGAUUUUAAGACGUUUUUGGCGUUGCGUACAUAACGAUGGUUCAACACCCAUAAAAAAAUUAUUUAUCGAAAUGUUGGAAACAGUUGGACGGUGAGAUUUUGAUAAGUGAUACUAUUAAAAGGAAGCAUUUUCUUUUUUAUACCAACAUAAAGCCAACCUUUUUUUGCACAUAAAUAU